AUGACACUUAUGCAUAGGCUAUCUUAUGCUAACAUAAAUCAAUGCGCGCCUCAAUGCGCGCUCGGUCGCAAGGCCCCCCCCCCUGGCCAUCAUGGCCUGGGCAGCCGCCCGAGCUACCUCCUCGGCGGCGAAGAGCUCGGCGGCGAGCUCGACGAGGCGCACACGGCCAGAAUACCGGCUCGACCUAUGAAUCACGUGACGUUAGCGCAAAUGCUUGAAUAG